GGAUGCGAUUCACAGUGGUUCGUGGUGUGUCAUGCGGUCGUGUUGCUUGUUCUUUUGUUCCUGGUCCUCCUACGAGUGACAUCUCGAACCUCAGCAGUCCCCAAGAGGGUGCUGCAAGCGUUCAUCGACUGGCAGCUGUGCAUGACCGCCCGGUUCGACAGCAAGAAGGACAAGCCCGAAAAGCUCUGGGAAGAAUUUGCCGAAAUGACCCAGUACUGCACAUCGAACACUGAUGUGUCCAAGAUCAAGCUGAUCGAACUCCCGAACGAUGACGAAGUGAAGCACUACAUCCUGAGUCAAGACACUACCGAACCAAGUGUCGUCGUUUCCCUAGGGAUUGGUGCCGAUAUCAGGGUAGAGCAACAGUUGAAAGAGAAGUUACCUGAGGGAUCCGAAUUCUUCGGUGCUGACCCAGUCACCACCCCUAACGCCGAUCUUUAUGGGCAAGUAGGAAUGUUCUUCCCGCUGGCUGUUAGUGACCAUUCUGGCCACUCCAAAGCUCACAUACGUCUGGAUAACGGUGAUUAUAAGUAUAUGCCAGUAGUCCAUAUUGACAUCGGCACGUUCUUCACGAAGAUGAUUAACCGAACGCACAUCGAUCAUAUGAUUCUCGACAAUGAGGGUCCCGGAGUAUCAGCUAAUUCCGAUGAUAGCAAUCGAUAA